AGCACCAGCAGCAGCAGCAGCACGGCUUCCUGGGGACCUGGGCUUGCAAAGUGACAUCCCUCCCUUCUCUUUCUUUCCUUCCCUUGAGCUCUGAGAUGAAGGCCCUGGGCGCCGUGGGGGCCGCACAGGUCUUGGUCGCCCUGGUGGCAGCGGCUCUCUGCGGCCACCACCCUCUGCUCGGAGCGAGCGCCACCUUGAACUCGGUGCUCAAUUCCAACGCCAUCAAGAACCUGCCCCCGCCGCUGGGCGGCGCUUCUGGGCACCCAGGCUCGCCCGUCAGCGUGGCUCCGGGGAUUCUGUACGACGGAGCGAACAAGUACCAGACCAUUGACAACUACCAGCCCUACCCGUGCGCGGAGGACGAGGAGUGCGGCGCCGAGGAGUACUGCGCGAGUCCCGCCCGCGGAGGGGGCUCGGGGGCGCAGAUCUGCCUGGCCUGCAGGAAGCGCCGCAAACGCUGCAUGCGCCACGCCAUGUGCUGCCCCGGCAAUUACUGCAAGAACGGAAUAUGCAUGCCAUCCGAUCACAAUCAUUUCCAACGAGGGGAAAUCGAGGAAACCGUUAUUGAAAGCUUUGGUAAUGAUCACAGCACCCUGGAUGGGUACUCCAGAAGGACUACACUGUCCUCAAAAAUGUAUCAUACUAAAGGACUAGAAGGGUCUGUCUGUCUCCGAUCAUCAGAUUGUGCUACAGGGUUGUGCUGUGCUAGACACUUCUGGUCCAAGAUCUGUAAACCUGUCCUGAAAGAAGGUCAAGUGUGUACCAAGCACAGGAGAAAAGGCUCCCAUGGGCUGGAGAUAUUCCAGCGCUGUUACUGCGGAGAAGGUCUGUCUUGCCGGAUACAGAAAGAUCACCAUCAAGCCAGUAAUUCUUCUAGGCUUCACACCUGUCAGAGACACUAAGCCAGCUGUCCAAACACAGUGGACUCCUUUAUAUAAUAUAUGCUAUGAGAACCUUUUGUGACUUUUGCCAGCUCAGUCCUUAAGGAUGUACAAAGUCUGUGGUUACAGUUAAGCAUUCCAGUAAUACCUUCUGAAAAAUCGGAGUGUUAAGAGCUUUGUUUCUUUAUGGAACUCUCCUGUCAUUGGUUGCAGUAAAUUACUGUGUUGUAAAUUCUCAGUGUGGCACUUAACCUGUAAAUGCAACAGAACUUUUUAAUUAUUUUUUCUAACGGUGCUGCAUUGUCUAUUGAUCAUCUUGUUAUGUAAAUUUUUGUACACAUUGAUUCUUAUCUCGACUCUGAUAAAUAUUCUAUAUUAGAUUGUAAUAAAUAAUUUUAGCUUAUACUUCCUAAAUGCAUAACCCUUUUCCCUUUUAAUUCUAGACUCUAGAAUGCAAGGAACUUUUGGAAUAGCAAAUGAUAGGUAUCCGAAAUUUAUCAUGAGAAUACUAGCUUAUUUUCUGAAAUGUACUAUCUCAGUGCUUAGAUUACAAAUAUAUUUCUAGGCUGCGGUAGUCCUUGAAAUAAAAUUUUACAUUUUA